AUGCGCCAGCCGUUGCAGAACGAUCAGCCAGACUCCCUCCGUGAGAUGGUGAAGUUUCUGUCCCUGCAUGCGCCGAAGGUCUCAGAAGUGGAGUGUGUGGCCCUAGUUGCUGCCCUGCUUCAUGCGUCAAAGACCAAGGCUCUUGCCAAAGUGGACUGCAAGGCUUUGCACCCCUUCUGGGUUGUCCUGCUGCCUGUGCACACUCCCUUGGCCAGGCGACCCGACUCCCUCACACUCAUGGAUGCCAUUGUCAACGACCCAGCACCCAAGGUGCGCGCAGCUGCAGCAGCCACCCUGGCCGCGCUGUUGGAGGGCGCGCCGCAGCGAGCAUAUCUGGGCAUAGCAGAGUGCAGAUCAUCUGCCAACCAGCCUGUCAGGGGUUUCACAACGCUGUCAGCAACUCUGGGAAAGCUGGCGCUGUCCCUGCACGACGGCCUGCUGCAGGAUGCUGCCAGCGAGGCCCACCCAGCCGCCCUCACAGCCGUGCUGCGCGCACUCCACGACGUCCAUCGCUGCUCAGCUCGGCUGCAGAAGGGGUCACGGAGGGCCGUGGAGGAGGCUGCGGCGGCUCAGGCGGCCGCGCUCUCGUGCAUAGCAGCCGCUCUAAACGCGAAUGCAAGCCGUGGGCACCUUUCUGAGCUGCUCUUGCCUGGCCACUCUGCCAGUGCAGAUGAUGCGCAACCACAGGGCUUUGGUCCCCGGCUUGCGGAUGACUUGCUGCAGCUCUGCGCUGGAGUGUCCUCAGCCGUCAAAGCAGAGGCUCUGUCGGCCCUGCAGGCGCUUGCGAUGGGCCACCGAGGCCUCUUGAAGGACCACUGGGACUCCCUGAAGAGUGUCAUGGUGUCCAGCCUGGAAUCUGGGGGUGAGGAGCGGUGUGCGCUGAAUGCGCUGCGCCUUCUGGGAAGCUACCUGAAGGGCGAGGAGCACAAUGUGCCCGCUGUGAGGGCGGCUGCACUAACAGCCUUGGCAUCGCUUGAUGAGACGGCCCGCGCAGCGCUGAGCAGCUCACAGCUGCAGCGCCUCUGGGGGUGGCUGUUCGACAGCGCUGAGAUCGAGUGUAAUACUGCUGUGCGCAAUGCUGCACUGAAGACUGCCGGCACUCUGGCCCAGCUGCGGUGCUCCUUGGAGUAUCCAGGUGCUGCGGCAAUGCUGGGAAUCUUUGACGCCGGGCUACAAGACAGGUGGCCCACGCUGUCAGUGCAGAUUGCAGCAGCCUGGGCGCUCGCCAACCUUGCUGACACUGUCACGCAGAGCCCCACGCCUGCGCCAGAGCUGUGCUCAUCAAUAGCGCAUGCGGCGCUGGGAGCGGCAAACGCAGGAGACAAGAUGAGCUCGGGUCAGCCGCCGGACUGGUUUGUGCGGGGGCUGGGUUGUUUGCACGAGGCGCUGGCGAGCGGCAACGGGAAGGUGCAGUGGAACGCGUGCUACGCGAUCGGCGCGCUGCUGCGCUCCGCGGCGGCGGCCGCCGCGGCCGACGCGUGCGGGGGGCUCCAGCCGCUUCUGGCACAGCUGCUGGAUGUGUUGCAGCACGGCGCCAACUUCAAGACGCGGAUGCAUGCAGCAGCUGCACUGUGCGCGGUGAAAGAUGGCCGAUUGAUUUUGCAGCUGCAGCCAGAUGUUGUUUCCCGGCUGAAGAGCGCGCUCCAGGGGCUGGAUGGAAGCCACGAUCAGGGUGCAGAGUCUCCAGGCCCGCCAGGCCAGGCGGACUGGCCAGUCCUAGGACAAGAAUCUUUACAGAACUUGCAAAGCUUGUAUCCGUUGAAAGAGCAGCUGCACGCCACGCUGCAGCACAUAGAAGAACUUCUUAAAUCUACAUAA